AUGAAACCCCAAACCAAGAAAAUGCGAUUCCCAAAGCUGGAAGGCAUCCGGGACUACAUGCAAGACGCCGCGGAGACCUCCAGCCGCUGGCUGAACUGGCAAAUCAUACGCGCAAAGCGGGAAGUAUGGUGGGAGACCGACCCAGCCGUGCUCUCGCGCUGGUCGCAAUCCAUCAUCGAAACCGAGCAACGUCUCCGCGAAACAACCCAACACGAGAACUUCCUAAAGGAGUGCAUCCAGAUGGUUCGGGCCGGCCAUGACCAAGCGGCUAAAUCAUUCUUGCCGGAUAUGAUCGAAGAGCUAAUAUCCUUGGACCGCGAAUACACGCGCGUCGAGCGGACCUAUGAUACUAUGUUGGCGGGAUGUCCUGCGGGCCCUAUCAAGAGCGGGUAUUUGUGGAUUCGGAAGGAUCCGCAGUGGUAUUUGAAGAGUGAGUGGCUGCGCGAAGAUUGUGCGAGACGAGGUGGGUGCUGUGGUCGGCAGUGUGGGUGUUGUGAGAAUCCGCCUGAUGCGCGGAGGAAGAAAGGGUGGGGACAUUGUACGGCGCAGUGUGCUUGCUGUAAUAGUGAGCGUGGAUUCCGGAUGACGGAGAGGGAUCGCAGGCGGUUGAAGCCGGAGUUUGAUUUGACGGUUUAUCCCUGGAGUGAGUAUAGUCGAGAGACGUUUCGAGCUUAUGUCUGGUCGCUGGAUUAG